AAGUUGAAAAUGAAAAGGUACCAAUGUGUAAGUUGUAUUGAAAUUACUAAUAAAACUUAUUAGUUGUAUUAAAAUAUAAACUAAACGUCCUUUUGUCUUAUCAUAGGCUCACAAUAGUUCGAAAAAAAAUGUUAAAAAAAGAUAAAGGGAGUUGAAAAAGGUAGACGCAACCUGUUCUGAAACUCAUCCAUAAUAAUGUGGAAGAAGAAUUGAAGACUCUAAGUCGUUGAUGAUAAAUGCGUUCGAACGUUCGUUGAGAUCAUAGUCAGUUGCUUCAAGUUGUUCGAAGUAGUCGGAUCGCUUAUCGUUUUCGUUACGUGCUGUUCUUUCAAUAAUUUCAAAGCAUCCGAAUAGAAACGUGUCUACUUACUUACUUAAUUAUCUCAUUUUCUGUUGUUAUUUCUCUCUUUCUUUCUUCCUUUUUUUAAACAUUAUUUUUUUCACUUUCAACAUAUAUUACUUUUUAUUUAGUUUAUAUUUGGCAAUGUGUAUUAGCAGUGGUACUAGGUGGACGCGUGAAUUUGACAAAAGCUCUUCUCAAGUGUAUACGUGUAUAUAAGUAUUAUAAAGUUCGUCUCUUUGGCUUCGUUGGCAUCGGUCUCCCCCUCUUUUUCAGAACAAGAGGAAAAAACCUACCUAACAGGUUUUAAAGAGGGGCAAGAUCGGUAUAUCGGACAUUUAACGUUUCAGUGCAUCGCGUAGAUCUUUGGAUAGAAUUUCCUAUGUCACAUCAACUUCACUUCCCUUUUAUUUUUCAAGAAAAAGGAUUUAUGUUUGUUCAAAUUAUCAUUGUUGUUUAUUAUUUACUUGAAAUUACUUAACGUUUUGGUGCAUUGUAAAUCUUUCGAUAAGAUUUCCGAUAUUACCUGAAUUAUUGCAUUGUUUCUCACAAGAAAAGUGAAGCUAUCCUUCGUACACUGAAUACAUAUUAUUAUUGACAUGAUCAAAGUACUCUGAUCUGAUAACAAGAUUCUACUUUUACGAAACACGAAAGAGAUUCAAACAAAUUCAUUUUAUUAUGAUUCCGAUGAUCAGUGAAUCUUCAAGUAGAAAAUAAAAAACAGAUAUAUAAAAAAAAAAAGGACGAAGAAAAAAAUUAAUGAUUAAUGCAACUAUCAACAGAAUUACAAUAACGAAAAUAAAUAUCUGUGAUUUCUUUGAUUUAAUCUAGUGAUAUUAUAAUCCCUAGUGAAUGGUUAAUAUAUAUACUAUAGAAUAUAAAAAAUAGAUCAACCUAGUGAUCUGUAAAUAAUUAGUUAGUAAAAUUCCAAAAAUGGCUACCAUCUUAUCCGACGAGGAUGGAAACGCAAUGAAAUUAAAACAAAAACUUUUAAAUCGUUCUAAUAAUACCAAGGAAGAUAAACGUUCAUUUUUAAAUUUUUCACGAGAAAAUUUGAACAUAUCACAAGUUGAUUUAGAACAAGUAUUCACUAAAAGACGUUGCAGACCUAAAAGACACACAAUCUUAAGUACAGCUGCGUUAUUAAUAGCUCUUUUAUGUUUCGGCCUGGAAACAUGGAAAUUGCGUUGCUCUUUGGUGAAUUCUCGUGAGAUCGAAGAAUUGAAGAAAGAUGUUAAAAGUUUGAAACACAGAUUUUUACAGCAAGAUCUUUUGGACGAGCUUAAGGCUUUCGAAGAACAACUUUAUGCCGGGGGGUCUGCCGACGAGGAAGAUCCCGGAGAAGUAGACAUUGAUAACACCGAAUACGAUUCGAAUUACGAUGAUGAUUCCUCGUCUUCAUCUUCAUCCUCUUCCUCUUCGUCCUCCUCUUCCUCGUCUUCAAACGAUUAUUCCAGUGACUAUCAUACUUCAUCCGUAAUUUCGAAGAACUCUGAUUCUCCUAAAAUAACUACUGCGACAUUAAUAAAAGUAACAACAAAAACACCAAUACCAUUAGCAACAACAUCUAGAUCAACGUCUAAUAAUUUGGAAACAACGUCUACACCAGAUCCUGUUUCGGAUAAAGCUAUGGUUGAGUUUCUUGCUGCUUUAAGAAAAGCUAAGGCUGAGCAAGGUGAAAAAUUAGAAAAGAAUGUUCGACAAAAUCAUCGAAAUUUUGAACGUGAACGUUUAAAAAACGUCGAUGUUCUUGCUGACGAUGACAAUGACGAUGACGACGACGACGACGACGACGACGACGACAACGAUGAUGAUGACUACGACGACGACUACGACAACAACGAGACAAAUGACAAUUCUGACGUUGUUAAUUUGAAUCCUAUUAAAAAAAAAAGAUCGAUUAAAGAGGAAAAUAUUUCGGAUGAUGUCAUUUUGAAUAGGACUUCUCGACAAAGAAAUCAUAUGAAAAAAUUGGCUUCCUCGAGACGUCAUUUUCAUAACAACGAAGAAUCUGAAAAAGUUGCGAACAAUGAUCGCGAUCAGUUUAGAUCAAUCGCUUCCUUGGAAAGACAUCCUCCAAAGAAAUUUAACUCCCACUCGCAUCCGUCUGAAACGACUCGGGCAUUUCCUUCGAGCCGUUACGAUGACGAUAAUUUAAGCGACGAAAUUGCUCGAUCAACUCUGCAUCUUGAUGAAAGAGGAAAAGAUUACGCAGACCUAAACAAAUGGAAACCAUCCUAUGACAAUAUGGAAAGUUCAAACGUUUCCGGAGGAAUACGUCGAGUUGUUAAUAGACGUCACUUACGAACACCUCGUCAAAUUUUUGCAGUACAUUACGGGGCAGAUAGUACACUUUUCUCUCAAGACGAUGAACAUACCGGCAAUGGUCGAGGUCGUCACGGGAAUGGUAUCUUCAAAGCUUGGAAACCAAGUGAUUGGGUUUCGGAUUUAGGCAUGAGUAAAUAUUUUACUUUAGCUAAUGAUGGUAAACUUACUGUUCACGAGACUGGAUUAUAUUUGAUUUAUGCACAAAUUCAUUAUCUCGAUGAGCACGAUGAAAAUGGUUUCAAAUUAUUGGUAAACAGUAGACCAUUAUUUCAAUGCACGAUUUUCAGUCCAACAAGUGGCCACAAAAGUCGAUCUUGUUUUUCGGCUCAAAUAACUUUUCUUCAAGCUGGAGAUGUUUUGGUUCUUAAAGACGUUGCUGGUGACAGAUAUACACUUUUCCAAUACGAUAAGAGUUUCUUCGGUUUGGUAAAAUUAGGAGAAUCCAGACAACAAAGGCACCCCCCGUCUACGCAAUUACCGUUAUAGUGAUUGGUUCGUCUUAUCAUAGUAUAUUAGCAUAAUAUUUAGAUGAAUACAAAUCAACAGAAAAA